AUUGCAAAUAUUAAUGGUUCCAGCGAAUAAAUAAAAAUAAAACAAUAAAAACCUAAUAUGAACCGAACGCUUUUAUAAUAGAUGCGUAAACAAUUUAUAAUAGUGAUAAUAAAAAAUUGCACUUUUACAAAAACAUAAUACAUUUGUAAAUAUAUCAUGCAUUUACAAAUGUAUUAUAUAUAUAUAUAUAUGACAUGCGCGGAUGUGUAUGUAUGUGUAUUCUUUUAAUGUGUGUGCGCACAUGACACAUAAAUGAAAAUGGCCGCAACGUGGAGGCAUCGUCCGAGGUCGCGAUAAAGAUUUCGCUCUACGAUGGUUAGGAUAAACGUCAACAGAUUUCUACACACGUGCUCGCUGUUCGUCUGCAAUCUGACGUAUGCGAUAAUUCGUUUGAUACAUUCGUACAUCAAAAGGCUGGUAAAUGAUUGGUAUCAGAAGCACAGGUCCGUAAGGAUCGUGCAUCGCAGCGAGAACUUUUUGAUAGUAGACAAGCCCUACGACAUGUAUAUAAACAGUAAUAAUCCUAACAGGAAGAAUACUCUGCAGACGAAACUGCGCGAGAUGCUGCCGGACCUGGUUAACCCGCGGCUGUGCCACGAGUUUCAUUUCGUUCACCGGCUGGACUAUCCAACGAGCGGCGUCAUGUGCAUAGCGUUAAAUAAAAGGGCGGCCAGAGCAGCGUCGUACGCUUUUGAAAACCAUAAAGUACAAAAGUUCUAUCUGGCACUGGUACAUGGCCACAUACAUGAACCUCACAUCAUAAUCGACAAAGCUAUCGGUGCUGAUAUUCGAGAAAAGACUGGCAACCAUAAGAUGUGUACAAGCGACAGUGUCUUUUGUGAUAAGCCACGUAGGUCUUACACGACGUUGGUAGUGUUGGAACGUGGAUUUUGGAAAGGCAAGCCUGCCACUAAAAUUUUGUUGGCACCUGGCACAGGUAGACGGCAUCAGUUGAGGGUGCAUUGUCAUCAUAUCGGUCAUACAGUCAUAGGAGAUUACACAUACAGCGAAGGCAAAGAUGUUGAGCCUGACAGAACCUACCUUCAUUCUCUUAGGUUAAUACUAAACUGUGAUAUUGAAAAUAUAGACGUGAGAACGGUGGAUCCGUUCGACGCCUCUAUAUUGUCCGAUUAUAAAGUGACGAAUGUAAUAAAGAUCUUGGACGAGAAUAUAUUUCGUGAUAUAUACAAACUCGUGGAAUAAAAAUUGAAAUGUUCUUGUUUUGUAA